GUCAACCCCACUUAGGGGGAAAGGAAAUCAUUCAGCAUGCGAGUUUGUUUGGAACUCCAUGUGACAGCGACCUCAUUUAAAAGAACAGAUACAACCCGCUAAAUUGAACGCUUUUCCGGCAGUUUAUCACAGCAGUCAUGGGCAAAAAAAGCAAGAAAGAGAAGAAGGUGAAGGGAGCGGAGAAGACGGCCGCCAAAAUGGAGAAAAAGGUUUCAAAGAGGUCCAAAAGAGAGGAGGAGGACUUGGAGGCGAUGAUCGCUGAGUUUCAGAAUCUGGAUGCAAAGAAGACAACAGUUGUAGAGACAACCUGUCCUCCUCCAUCAGCAAGGCUGAGCGCGUCCAUCUCCGCCCAUCCUGAGAAGGAUGAACUCAUCCUGUUUGGAGGAGAAUUCUUCAAUGGAAGGAAGACGUACCUGUACAAUGAUUUGUUUUUCUACAACAUCAAGAAGAACAACUGGGUUAAAUCAGAGAUCCCCAACCCCCCUCCCCCGCGCUGCGCUCACCAGGCGGUGGUCGUUCCCCAGGGCGGGGGACAGCUCUGGGUGUUCGGGGGAGAGUUUGCCUCUCCCAACGGGGAACAGUUCUACCACUACAAGGACCUCUGGGUGCUGCACCUGGCUACACACACUUGGGAGAACAUCAAGGCGCCCGGGGGUCCAUCAGGGCGCAGCGGCCACAGGAUGGUGCUCAGCAAGAAGCAGCUGCUGGUGUUCGGAGGUUUCCAUGAGAGCAACAGGGAUUUCAUCUACUUCAACGACGUCUACUCCUUCUCCCUGGACACCUUCUCCUGGUCCCGCCUCUCUCCAUCAGGCACCGCCCCCUUACCUCGCUCCGCCUGUCUCAUGACCUCCACGCCCGAUGGCGUGGGCGUCAUCGUCUACGGGGGAUAUUCUAAAGUGAGAGUGAAGAAGGACGUAGAGAAGGGGACCAUCCACUCUGACAUGUUCCUUCUCAAGAGAGAGGGGAAAGACAGCCAAGAGAAGUGGUUGUGGUCCAGGCUGAGCCCUUCCGGGAGCAAGCCCCCUCCUCGCUCUGGUUUCUCUUCGGCGAUGGGCCCUGCAGGGCGGGCGCUGCUGUUUGGUGGUGUGUGUGACGAGGAAGAGGAGGAGACACUAGAGGGCGACUUCUACAACGACCUGUACCUGUACGACACAGUGAAGAACCGCUGGUUCCCCGGCGUGCUGCGGGGAAACAAGUCAGAGAAAAAGAAACGAAGAAGGGGGAAGAAGGGUGGAGCUGAGGGGGAAGGAGCAGAGAAGAAGGGAGAGGAGGAGGAGGAAGAGGGGGCAUCUCAAGGACCUACUGAGGUCAUCAAGGAGAUUAUCGCGGAGGACGGUACAGUGAUGACCAUCAAGGAAUUGAUCCCCGGAGCUCAGCAGGAGGAGGAGGAGGAAGAGGAGGAAGGAGAAGAGGACGACGAAGAUGCCUGGGCCCCCCUGGUGGAGCCCUGCGCACGGUCCAGCUCCAUGGCAACGGUGCGCCAGGGCAAGAUGUUCCUGUUUGGAGGGAUGUUUGAGGUCGGUGACCGCCAGUUCACCCUGAACGACUUCUACUCUCUGGACCUCAACAAGAUGGACCAGUGGGAGGUUCUGGUGGAGAUGGACCCAAAGACACAGGAGUGGCUGGAUGAGUCUGAGUCAGAGGAAGAUGAAGAGGAGGAGGAGGAGGGGGCGGCGGCGGCGAAAGGAGCAGAAGGGGAGGAGGAGUCUGAAGAGGAAAGCGAGGAUGAGGAAGAUGAAGAGGAGCACCCCGCAGUGCAGGAGGCAGAGACUCUGGUGGAUUACCAGAGUCGCACAGAGCAGUAUUGGACAGGACUGUCCCGUGUCAACCUGGGCCCCGACGCCAAGGACAAAAAGGUGGCCAAGAUCGCCCUCGCCAUGGCUAAAGUCUUCUUUGAGGACCAAUAGUGUGUGUGUGUGUGUGUGUGUGUGUGUGUGUGUGUGUGUGUUGUGUGUGUGUGUGUGUGUUGUGUGUGUGUGUGUGUGUGUGUGUGUGUGUGUGUGUGUGUGUGUGUUGUGUGUG